AUGGACACAGGGAAUAACACACAAACUUCAGAAAUUUUUCUUCUGGGAUUCUCAGAGGAACCAGAACCGCAGCUCCUCAUAUAUGGGCUUUUUCUCUCCAUGUACCUGAUUACUGUCUUUGGAAACCUGCUCAUCAUCCUGGCUGUCAGCUCAGACUCCCACCUCCACACACCCAUGUACAUCUUUCUUUCUAACCUGUCCUUUGUAGACAUCUGUUUCAUCUCCACCACAAUCCCAAAGAUGCUGUGGAACAUCCAGAUGCAGAGCAAAGUUAUCACCUAUUCAGGCUGCAUCACUCAGAUGUACUUUUUCACACUCUUUGUAGGGCUGGAUGAUUUCCUCCUGACCAUGAUGGCUUAUGAUCGGUUUGUGGCCAUCUGCCACCCCCUGCAUUACACGAUCAUCAUGAACCCCCAGCUCUGUGGGCUACUGGUCCUGGUUUCCUGGACCGUGAGUGUUCUUCAUUCCUUGUUGCAAAUCUUAAUGGUUUUACAACUGUCCUUCUGCAAAGACUUGGAAAUCCCUCACUUUUUCUGUGAACUCAGACAGAUGGUCCAAUCUGCCUGUUCUGACAUGUUUCUUAAUAACAUAGUGAUGUAUUUUGCAGUUGGGCUUCUUGGUGUUGGUCCCCUGGCUGGUAUCCUUUACUCUUACUCAAAGAUAGUUUCUUCCAUACAUGGACUCUCAUCAGGUCAGGGGAAGUAUAAGGCAUUUUCCACUUGUGCAUCUCACCUCUCAGUUGUCUCCUUAUUUUAUUGUACCUGCUUAGGAGUCUACUUCAGCUCUGCUGCUACCAAAAGCUCACAGUCAAGUGCGACAGCCUCGGUGAUGUACACUGUGGUCACACCCAUGCUGAACCCCUUCAUCUAUAGUCUGAGGAACAAAGACAUAAAGGGUGCUCUGAAAAGAAUAUGUGGGGAAAAUACAAUAAAAGGGCCAUUUUUCCUAGGGUGA